CGCCCAUGCAUCUACUCCGGAUCCACUCCGAAUUAAAGCCUCUCCCUCCUCCUCCACCCCCCCCAUUGAGAGCCAGAGUGGGGCGGGGGAGAGGAAGGCGGGGCGCGAUGCGCGCCGGCGCAAAACCCGCGCAGCGCCUGGAUAUCCUGCUGGGAGUCCCGCGCGCCUUUGCUCCGGAUUCGCGCCUCUUUGCCUUCUGCCCAGGGUGUCGUGCUGGAUCCUGCAAAGUCACCGGAGCGAGAUGUUAAGACCCGGCCAGGAAAACCCCUGUUCACCAGGCUCUAAGAAGCUGGUUAAGGCGAAUCCCUUGAAACAUUCGGGGCUUUUAAAAAAGAAGGAAAUCUUUGUUGGAAAUCUCCCCUUGGAUAUCAAAGAGGAAGAAAUUGCCUUCUUAUUCAAGGAUUUUGGGAUCAAAUCUUUGAGGAAACACAAUAAUUCUUUUAAAAGUUUUGCAUUUCUGGAGUUGACGGCCCCCGAAGCCGCAAAACUAGCAGUAAAGCUUAUGAACGGGCAGCUCCUGAAAGGCCGACCGAUGUCCGUCGCGUUUAUGGAAAACAGGAAAAUUCACGAGGUUCUGAAAACCAGCACUCCGAUGCCGGAUUUGGAAGUGAUCCCCGCCAGAGAAUGUGGAAUAACCAACGGUGCCACCCACAUCUCCCCUGUAAAUCAGAGAGCCUGCUAUGCUGUCCCCAUGGAAAUGAGAAGUUCGUUUCUGUUCCACGUGCUGAAGGGCUGCUUCGGAGAUGCCAAGUGGCUGCGUUCCGUGGUCGGCGUGGCAGGGGAGGUGGGGCUUCUGGUGACGGACACGCUUCCGCUGAUGCCGUACUUCUGGGCCAUCGUCCUUAACGAGGAAUGCUACAAAUCCAUGGAGAAGCUCUUCAAGGCUUUAGCUGAGGCCGAGGCCGGCUUGCCCUUCCUGGCCAAACAGGAAGUGCAGAGGGGCGCCCGGUGCCUGGCCCAGUGCGACAUCGGGGACGAGGGCAGCGCCUGGAACAGGUGCUGGGUGCUGGACCCCCUGGGCGACCUGGCCGUGGUCUUCUUUGUGGACUUCGGCCGCUGCGCCAGCCUCCCCCUGAACUCGCUACGGAAGCUGGACGCGGAGCAAUUCUGGGAAAUUCGCCCUUUGGCUCAGCCCUUCAUGCUGGAGGAAGGAGUUUUCCCCCCGCAGGUCAUCCGAAGGCAAAUCCUGGAAGGAACAUUGAAAGGACCUUCUCAAUGGGAGCCACACAUUUUAAGGUUUGUCGUCAAAACAGACUAAGAAGUGGUGGACUUGUGAAGUUCUUCCCAACAAGCUUGAAGUACAUCAAAUUUUCUUGUGGGAAAUGUUUAAAAGUUGGUUUAAAUUUUUUUGGGGGGGAUAUUAAUUUGGUUGCUUCGCUGAGGCCUUAUAACUUUGUGCUCGAAAAGGAAAAGAAAAAAUGUUAUUUUUCCUACUGCAUUUUAUGUCUUGGGAGAGAAUUCUGCGGGAUGUGUAAGCAGAAGGGGAGGGAAAAAAUUACAUAAAUCUGUUAUUUUGGCUCAGCCGUUCACUUGCAACCUUUGUUCUCUUUUGAGUUUGUUAUUGCAGCUAAUGGAUUAAAAUGCUAACUGGAUCCAGAAA